CUUCUUGCAUGACCCUCUCUGCCAACAAAAAUAUAUUUCAACUUUAACUAUAGGAAUUUACUUUAAAUUUUCCUUGUCCUAUAAGUAAUUUCCCUUCAUAUAUAAAACACAACAAUUGUCUACUUGUAAUCAAAAGUUUUGGUUACUCAAUAUACAUAUAUAGUCAUGGAAUUCCCUGAACUUUCAUUGGCUCCUUCUUAUCUUUCCAAUUAUGAAUCUCAUCAAAUCAAUCUUCCAAUGAAGAGAAAGCAAGAAAUGAUUCAAGCUAGUGUUGAUCUUCAACUUAAAGAUCCUCUUCCUUUGGAUUGGGAGCAAUGUCUUGAUCUUGAAUCAGGAAGAAUGUAUUACCUAAAUAGGAAAACACUGAGGAAGACAUGGGAUUGGCCAAAGGACCAAAAGCUAGACCUUGAACUAAACAUAUCAUCAAGGUCAAUUCAAAUGGAUGAUGAUCAUGAUCAUGACUACUACUCAAAGAAACAGAACAAAAGCAACAGUACUAGUGGGAGCAACAAUAUGAUAGCAUUGCCAUGUUCAAAUUGUCAUCUAUUAGUGAUAGUGUCACAGUCAUCACCAUGUUGUCCUAAUUGCAAGUAUGUCCACUCUCUACUUUCCAACAAAAACAAUGCCACCACAAAGUGUUAUGACACUUUGAGCCUCUUGAACUAGCUAGCUAGCUACUACUACCUCUUUGUUGUUUGGGAAAAAAAUGUGGUGGUUAAUAAGCCUCCAAGUGCCAUCAUGUAGUGUUUCUCUUUUUAUUCUUUCUUCCUUUGUGUACUUGAAAUAGUAAAUAACUUUCAAACAUCA